AGUCUCUCUCUUCUACCUUUGUAAAACACAAGAGAGAGAUAGAGAGUCAUAGAGAGGAGACUUAUCUAUCUAUCUUGCGCAUCUCUCUGCUUAUCCUGCGCACCACCAUGGGGAAAGGUCACGCACUGAGCGACGGAGUGAUAAAGAAGAUCCUCCUCUCCUACACGUACGUGGCAAUCUGGAUCUUCCUCAGCUUCACGGUCAUCGUCUACAACAAGUACAUCCUCGACAAGAAGCUCUACAACUGGCCUUACCCAAUCACACUCACCAUGAUCCACAUGGCCUUCUGCUCCUCCUUAGCCAUCAUCCUCAUCAAAGUCUUCAAGAUCGUCGAGCCCGUCUCCAUGUCCCGCGACACUUACCUCAGAUCCGUCGUCCCCAUCGGAGCCCUCUACUCGCUCUCCCUCUGGCUCUCCAACUCCGCCUACAUCUACCUCUCCGUCUCCUUCAUCCAGAUGCUCAAGGCCCUCAUGCCCGUCGCCGUCUACUCCAUCGGCGUCUUGCUCAAGAAAGAGUCCUUCAAGUCUCGCACCAUGACCAACAUGCUCUCCAUCUCCUUCGGCGUCGCCAUCGCCGCCUACGGAGAAGCCAAGUUCGAUGUCUGGGGCGUCGUUCUCCAGCUCGGCGCGGUUGCGUUCGAGGCCACCAGGUUGGUUCUGAUCCAGAUCUUGCUUACUUCCAAAGGAAUCAAUCUUAACCCCAUCACUUCUCUUUACUACGUUGCUCCUUGCUGUCUUGUUUUCCUCUCUGUUCCUUGGAUCUUCGUUGAGUUCCCGGUUCUUAAAGAGACGUCGAGCUUCCAUUUCGAUUUCGUUAUCUUCGGAACGAACUCGGUUUGCGCGUUUGCGUUGAACCUUGCUGUUUUCCUCCUCGUUGGGAAGACCUCUGCUCUGACUAUGAAUGUGGCUGGUGUGGUUAAGGACUGGCUCUUGAUCGCCUUCUCGUGGUCGGUGAUCAAGGACACGGUCACGCCGUUGAAUCUUUUCGGGUACGGGCUUGCGUUUUUGGGCGUUGGGUAUUACAACCAUUGCAAGCUGCAGGCGUUGAAGGCGAAAGAUGCGACGCAGAAGAAGGUUCAGGCUAGUGGUGAUGAAGAAGCUGGGAAGCUUUUGGAAGAGAGGGAGAGCGAAGUUGUUGCUGGGAAACGUAACGAGAGUCAAGAUUGAGAUUUCAAGAAUGCAGUUUUAUGGGAAUAAGAUUAUGAUCACUGUCUUUCUACGUUUAAGUGUUAUGGCUAAUUAUAUUUUUACAUAGUGAUUUUGAAACUUCAUUGCAUCUUCUUUUUUGAGUUUGUCUUUGUUUUCUUUUUUACUUCCUCUCUCUCUCAUUCGAAAUCCUUAUCUGUCUGUAUGAGUAAACUAUUGUUGUUGUAGUAAUAACUUCUUUUAUAUUUC